UUAGCUAGCUAAGUACCGUUAGCUAGCUCAGUAUGCUAUGCUAACUUAGCCUGCUGUCUAUUUUUGCGAAAUAGCUGUGAUUUCUCAUAACAAAGCAACAUUUGAACUGAUUGCUUGCUACAGCCGGAGAACAACAUUUUCUCCGCAAUUUUUUGUUGUUGUUGCUUCAGCUCACACAAUGUAUGAGGAUUUAGAUGAACCCCAGCCAAACCAGUCAAAUCUACUGGUUCCUGACUGUAUCCAUGGUGACCAGAGCACAGGCGGUCCAGAGAUGGUUCCUAGGAGCCUUGACUACUUCAGUGACUUUCUAAGAUUGAGAGGAGAGAGUUCCAGCCGUCACUCUGACAGUGAGGGGGCAAGUUCUACCUCAGGAGCACCUGAACAACAGGAGGACAAUCACACAGCCAAGAACACACACAGCUGCAGAGAGUGUGGAGAGGAGUUCCCUACCCAGCAUUAUCUAAGAAAACAUCGUAACACAACACACACAGGAGAGAAGAAGACCAGUCCCAAACCCAGGAAGAGCUACAGCUGCCUGGACUGUGGGAAGGAGUUCCCAUGUCCAUCUAAACUACAACGACACCUUCUGACUCACACAGGAGAGAGGCCCUGCUUCUGUUCUGACUGUGGGAAGAGUUUCACUCGGGAGGAACAUCUGAAGACACACCAGCGGUUCCACUGUUCUAGUGGGGAGGGCAGUCCCUCUAUAUCGGGAGAUCCUGAACAGGCAAAGAACUGCUGCCUGGAGUGUGGAAGAGAGUUCUCUAGUGCUUACAAACUACGCAGACACCUGCUGACACACACAGGAGAAAAGCCUCACUCCUGCUCCGUGUGUGGGAAGAGUUAUACUUAUCUACACACCUUGAAAUCACAUGAGCUGAAACACACCGGGGAGAAGUCUUACAAAUGUUCCGUGUGUGAGAAGAGCUUCAACCAAAAGGGAAAUUUGAACCAACACAUGUUAGUGCACACUGGUGAGAAACCUUUCUCCUGCUCUGUCUGUGGCAAGUGCUUCACCCAGAAAGCCAACCUGACUGCCCACCAGCUCUCCCACACAGGAGAGAAGCCUUUCUCCUGUUCCAUCUGUAGGAAGGGCUUCACUCAGAAAGCAUAUCUUAAACAACACCAGAAACUGCACACUGGAGAGAAGCCUUACGCCUGCUCCGAGUGUGACAAGAGAUUUACCUUCUGUACAUCCUUGAAAAGACACCAGCUGCAACACACAGGAGAGAGACCGGACUCGCUAAGUUUGAAAGAAAUACACCAGCAAUCACACGGCAAAAAAGUUGAGAGUCUCUCUGUAUCAGCAGCAGAACCUGAACAACACCAGGAGAAUCACACAACUAAGACGUCGUCUCACUGCUGCUUAGAAUGUGGGAAACAUUUCAAAACGUCAUCGUCUCUACAGAUCCACAUGAGAAUCCACACAGGAAAGAAGCCAUACCCCUGCCCUGACUGUGGGAAGAAUUUUGCUACAAAAGGAAGUUUGAACUUGCACCAGCGGUCACACACAACAGAAGCAGAGAAACCCAUCCACUGUGAGGAGGAGAACACAUCACAGGGGCAGGAGAUGGUAUCUGAUAACCUACAGGACCUCUGUCAAACACUGGGGCUGAAGGCUAAAGUCGAAGAGGAGAAGGACAAGGUGGAGGAGGAUGGAGAAGGGGCGACGGAUAAUGCAGAGGAAGUUGGAGGGCUGAUUAAUUCUGAUGGAGAAGAAGUUGACUGGGAUUCUGUUCAACAUAGUGAGAGUCCUGUCCGUGACUCUGGUAGUGAAGGAGGAAGUCCCCCUACGUCACACAUCAACAAGGAUCCUGGGCCUCAAUCGGGGUCGACAGAGUCCCUGGGCCCUGACCGAAGACAUGAGGACAUCACUCAAACACCUGGGAUGAACAUUCAUAUUGAAGAAGAGGAGGAGGAUGAGGAAGAAGAGGAGGAGGAAGAAGAAGAGGAGGAUGAGGAAGAGGAUGGAGAAGAGUGGGAGGUGGAAGAGGGUGAAGAUGAAGAAGAGGAGGAGGAAGGGGAGGAAGAGGAAGAGGAAGUCGGUGAUCUGUUGAAUUCUGUAGUAGAACAGGCUUCCUGGGAUACUCCUCAUCUUGGAAUGAGUCCUAACUCCUGCCACGGUAGUGAGGGAACUACCUCAACACCAGGAGCACUGGAACGACAACACCAGGAGGAAGAGAAGACACAGGGGAGCAAACGGAAGAAGAGUCCAGAACGAAAGCAGCCGAAGAAGAAAAAAGAGAAACCGAAGAAGGUAAAGAUUCCUAAGCAGAAGAAAGCUAAGAUGACCCACCGCUGCUUUAAAUGUGGAGAGGGAUUCUCCCGUGUCUACGACAUGCUCUUACACCAGACCAUUCAUAUAGACGGAACCACCAUGUUCAAAACCAAGAAGGUUCACCGCUGCUUAACGUGUGGAUACGAAGCAUCCGAUGCACAUAAGCUGAUGAUGCACGAGCGGAUACACACGGGAGAGAAGCCUUUCCAGUGCUCUGUGUGCGGCAAGAGAUUCGCUCAGAAAGGAAAUCUGAAAAUACACCAGAGUGUGCACAAAGGAGAAGUCAGGAAUCCCAGUUUCUGGCCGGACAUCGUGGAGAGGCUUCCUACAAUAGGUGUCCCGGACCAAUACCAUGACAACCACACAGCUAAGCCAAUAGGAAUCCCGGACCAAUACCAUGACAACCACACAGCUAAGCCAAUAGGAGUCCCGGACCAAUACCAUGACAACCACACAGCUAAGCCAAUAGGAGUCCCGGACCAAUACCAUGACAACCACACAGCUAAGCCAAUAGGAGUCCUGCACCAAUACCAUGACAACCACACAGCUAAGCCAAUAGGAGUCCUGCACCAAUACCAUGACAACCACACAGCUAAGCCAAUAGGAGAGGAUUGCCAAACUCCAUCAACUCUACAGAUACACAUGAGAACUCACACUGUAGAGAACCAGUCUAGACCGCAGUGCCCUCUCUGCGGGGCAGAGUUCUCUCAGAAAGGUCUUCUGGAUGAUCACCUGGUGAUCGCCCACUCCCAUGAGAAACCAGAGAAGCCUUACCCCUGUCCAGACUGUGGGAAGAGGUUCUCCAGCAAGAAUUACAUCAAGAUCCACCGGAAGAUCCACAGUGGGAAGAUCUCUUACCACUGCGCCCAGUGUGAUAAGAGUUUCCUGUCAGCGGAGGGGCUCAAGAAGCACGAGAGCGCUCACCGAGGAGAGAGGCCGUACCGAUGCCCUGCGUGUGGCAAGUGUUUCAAACAACAAUCCCAGCUGACCUGUCACUUCAAGAUCCACACCGGAGAGAGGAGCCAUCUCUGCUUCCUGUGUGGGAAGAGUUUCGCCAGAGAGUUUGACCUCCGGGUGCAUCUCAGAGUCCACUCUGGAGAGAAGCCCUACCAGUGCCAUGAGUGUGGCAAGAGCUACAGGUACAGAGCAGGCAUCCGGUCACACAUGCAGCAGAUGCACCCUGGGAAGCCUAUAGUGGAACCAACGCCACCCAUCCCCACAGGCCCUCGCUACGGCAGUGGAGGAAGUGGUCUUCCAACAGCCCUUAUCAGAAAGGAUCCCGGUGACGAAUCCAGCCACAAAGCUAUAGAGUCCCAGGGUCCUGAUCCAAGACAUGGCAGCAAGGCCUCCAGUCAAACACCUCGGUUGAAGGCCAGAGCUGAAGAAGAGGAGGAAGAGGAGGAGGAGGAAGAAGAAGAAGAGGUGAACGUUGAUGGUUCGGGUAAUUCUGAAGAAGACGACGCCAGUUGGAAACCUGCUCUUCGUCUUGCCAAGACCGGUGGCGGUGGUCCCUCUGCGUCAGGAGGACAGAGAAAACACCGGAAGAAACAACAGGUCAAACGUAAAACCAGAGUCAAAGAAGGCGAACGGAAGCGACCCAGAGCCAAGAGGUUUAACAACCGUCGCUGUUUUAAAUGCGGAGAGGGAUUCCCCCGGGAAUAUGAGCUGUUGCUCCACCUGCAGACACAUCUGGACUACAGCUGCUACGCGUGUGGAGCACCGUUCAGCAACAAAGAGCUGCUGCAGAGACAUCAGGAAGAGCACGCCGAGGAGAGUCUGGGUGUGUUCUCUGGUGAGGCGGCAGGUCCAACUACAGGACAGCAGCGGGGGAGAGGGAAGAGGACUCACCGAUGUCCAACCUGUGGCAAAGAACUAUCCGACGCCUCCAAGCUGAAGUUACACGUGAGAAUCCACACCGGGGAGAAACCUUACCGUUGCUCCCUGUGCGGAAAGGGUUUCACUCAGCCAGGGAACCUGAAAACACACAUGAAAACACACAGAGAUGGGAACCCCAGUUUGUUGUCUGCUGGUGGGUCGGGUCCCUCUACAUCAAGAGGUCCAGAACACCACCGAGAGAAUCACACCGUCGCCGCAGCAGCAGCAGCUCAGGAGAACUUCAACUGUCCAGAUCUAUCGUCAGUACAGAAACACACGACGUCUCAGGACAGCGGAGAGAAGUCCUCUUUCUUCUGCUCGCUGUGCGGGGAGGAGUUCUCUGAGAAGACACAGUUAGAGGAACACCGGCUGGCUCACCUCAACAAGAAGCCUUUCCCCUGCCCUGACUGUGGCAAGAGGUUCCGCAGUAAUUACUACGUUAAGAUCCACAUGCGAAUGCACACCGGGGAGAGGCCUUACCAAUGCGCUGAGUGUGGGAAGGGCUUCAUCACAGAAGAAGGGCUGAAGAAGCACGAGAGCGCUCACCGGGGAGAGAGACCCCACCUCUGCCCCGAGUGCGGAAAGAGAUUCAAGCAACAGUCCCAACUUACGUGUCACUUCCGUAUGCACACCGGACAGAAGAGCCACCUCUGCUCCGUCUGUGGGAAGAGUUACUUCAGAGAAUUUGACCUCAAGGUUCACCUCAGAGUCCACACGGGAGAGAAGCCCCAUCAGUGUGAGGAGUGUGGGAAGAGUUUCUACUAUCUACAGGGGCUCCGGCAGCACCAGAGGACCCACGCUCCCAAGCCCAUCGGACCGACCCGCCAGCUAGGCAGGCCUAAGCAGUCGUCCAGCGCGGCGGACAACAUGGACGUACCAAACCAAUCACCCAGGACGGGAAGGCCCAGGCCAGCUCCUAGAGUAGAGAGACCCAUGCCUCUACCCAGAGUGGAGAGACCCAUGCCUCUAGGCCUACCUAGAGUUGAGAGUGAUCUGGAGAGACCUCACUGGCAGUACUGGCACCUUUAAAUGGGAAAUCUUCCAUUUCUGUUGUUGUUUGAACUAGAGGUCGACCGAUUUAUGAUUUUUCAACGCUGAUAAGAUUAUUGGAGGACCAAAACAAGCCGAUACCGAUUAAUCGGACAAUUUUUAUAUAUACAUAUAUAUAUAUAUAUAUAUAUAUAUAUGAGUGUGGUAAUAUUUGUAAUAAUGUCAAUUACAACAAUGCUGAAUGAACACUUAUUUUAACUUAAUAUAAUACAUCAAUAAAAUCUAUUUAGUCUCAAAUAAAUAAUGAAACAUCAUCAAUUUGGUUUAAAUAAU